CAGCCUCGUACAGCUGUUUGGCCCUGGUCCCACGCCGUGGGCUCAAGAUUUACGGCGAGCAGGAUCGUGAGCGUGGACCCGGGAUGGGGGGAAACGGGCCGAGCCGCGUGUCGUUGCCGGGUGAAGGCGGAGGAGUCGCGCUGGUGCAGGGAAUCCGGCUGUCAGACAAAGUCAUCCACCGGAUGAAACGGACGUCACCCUCUCGGAGUGAAGGUCCUCUGAAAGACACUCCAGUCUCCGCCCCCUCUGCUGAGCCCCUGCUACCCGUGGAGACACCACCUCCUCCUCCAUUACUCCCCACUGCACCACCUCCUCCUCCAUUACUCCCCACUGCACCACCUCCUCCUCCAUUACUCCCCACUGCACCACCUCCUCCUCCAUUACUCCCCACUGCACCACCUCCUCCUCCAUUACUCCCCACUGCACCACCUCCCCAGGAGGCCACACCAGUAGAACCUGUAAAACUCACCCCCCCUCCCCCUGUGAAGUUUCACUCCCUUCCUCCUUCAUCUGCCUCCCCUCCACCCCCUCCGGAGACCAAACCUCCACCUCAGACCUGCCCAGCCUCAGCCCCGCCUCCAUCCACACCUUCUCCUGUGGAUCCUUCGCCUGCUGCUACACUUCCUCACCCCCCCAAAGCCUCUGUGCCACAACCCCCAUCUACGCCACCUGCAGCAGAACAUCUAUUGAACGCUCCAUCUGAACCAUUACCUUCACCUGUUCCCACUGAACACGUGACUCCAUCUGCUGCUGAAGCGGCUGCUGUUGAUCCAGCUGUUUUUGAGUCUCCGUCAAAGAAGCUUCUCCACCCUUCACCCACUGUUGAAUCUAUAACAGCUGACACCAUAGCUACACACUGUCCUGCUGAUUCCACAGUGGAGCCUCCUGUGCCUCCAGCGCCUCCAGUUGAUUCAUCUCAUCCAUAUGAACCGGCUCCUCCUCCACCUCCUCCAGACUCCCCCCUGCCCACUCACUGUGUGGAGCUGGCCCUUAUACCUGCUGGUGCACCUGCAAAUGAACCCACGGUAGAGUCUGCAGAACCCCAUCCCCCCGAACCCGUUUCACCUCCGGAGGAGCCCACUCUGAGCCCUUCUUCACCUCCUGUUGGGGAUGAAACUGUCACUGCAGAACCUCCAGCUGCAGCAGGUAAGUCAGUGUUGGAGGAAAGCCUGAGAAAGAAGAUCUGGGAGGAAAUGCAGCAGAGUCUGGAGGAGGAGAUCAACCAGAAGAGGCAGGAGCUGCAGCGACAGCUGGAGGAGAUGAGGGCUCAGGCCGAGGCCGCGGCGGCGGCUCGGGCUCGGGUGGAGCAGCGGGUGAAGCAGACGCUGGCAACAGAGAGGGAGGCGCACACGGAGAAGCUGAGCGACUCCAUCAUGAAGGAGCGAAUGAAGACGCGAGACGAGGAAAUCAUGGUGCAGCUUUAUAGGAUGGAGCAAAAGGCUCAUCAGCUGGAUGAGAAGAAGAAAGAGCUGCAGAAACGAGGCGCUGUCUGCAAGGAGCGCGUAGCAACGCUUGAAGCAAAGUGUGCUGAGUUUUACAAAGUGACUACGGAAAGUUUCCAGAAGGGCAAAGAAGAGACACACAGUCGUUUCGCCCGUUUCAACAUUGAGCCAGUUUGUGGAGACCUGCAGAGUCAGAUAUUGCGCUGCUACAAGGAGAACCCAGGAAGGACCCUGUCCUGCUCGCGCAUCGCCUCUGCAUACAUGCAGUGCGUGGACAACGCAAAGAAAAAAAAACUGAGCACUGGAGGUUAAGAUGGACGACCUAAGGAUGACAACUGUGCGUCAUAGUUACAGAAGCCAUAGGAGAAAACGCAUUGAGCCUUUUAUGUGUUGAGAAGAGUAAUGCACCUUGCACCUUUUUAAAUUUAGGCUGGUAUUCUGGUCUCUUAGACGUAGCCCUGGCUUGAAACCUCCCUGGUUCACAGGAUCAUUUUAUAAGUGACUGUUAAAUCCAAUAACAACAGCUUCUAAGUAUCAGUCUGAGGAUUCAGGUGAAUCCUGGUUCAUCAUUAAGUGCCUACUACCAGACUGCACAUGGAUGAAACGUGUGGAACACAGACGUGCAUAAGAUGAACUGUGUGUUUAGUUGAAGCUCGUCUUCCUCUUUCUUCCUCAAGCUGCAAGGUGCAUUUCAAACUGGUCUCAACGACUCUGUUCAGUGAAACAAUGAGCUUCUUAACUGAUGUGGGUUUUUGUCCUCAAGUAAAUUAAGCAGGAAUAUGUUUCGUGUCUUAAUGCGGGGCAAUGCUGUCAAAGUCGACCCGGACUCAAACAUCCCGACAGAUGUGCACGUUCUACAUUUACUUCCACCUCUGUCUGUAUCUGUGAUGGUGCUUGUUAUGCAAAAACACCGGUCCCAAAAUAAAUUUGCACACUUUCUACAAA